AUGAGACCUACGGACGGCCAGAAGCCCGGGGCUGCGGCUCGUGUACUCGUUCCGCUAUGUGGCAAAACUGUUGACAUGCCCUAUCUGGCGCAAAAAGGACACGAGGUCGUCGGCGUCGAUGGCGUUGAAGCAGCCGUGUGGCAGCUCCAACGUGAUUCGUGGCUGAAAUUCGAAACGUUCCAGGCCGAGCCAUCAGCAGAAAGCUCCGGCAGGCGCCCAGGGUUUAUUCCAGCGCCGACAUUCGAAAAGAGGCGCUCGGGGUAUGUCUUCAAGACUGACACUCUGGGGACUGGCUACUACCUCGACAAGAAGGCAGUCAAGUGGUUUCGAGACACGCGGAAGCGAAUCUCGGUGGUUGUCUCCGACUUCCUCUUCCUUGCACCAGGGGACAUCGGCAUGUUCGACAGGGUGUGGGACAGAGGAGCGCUGGUCGCGCUGAGGCCCGAGGACCGUGAGGAGUACGUUUCGACGUGCGACAGCGUGCUCGAGCCUGGAGGGAAAAUCCUGCUGGCAACUUUGGUGUAUGAUCAGAACGCAAAAAAAGGUCCUCCCUACUCCAUUCCUUUAGCGGAGGUACAACGCCUAUACGGCGGCAAGCUUGGCUACGCGAUCGAGACUCUGAGCUCGGUCGACGCUCGUGAAGAAUACCAGACCAAACGGUUCAAAAACCUCGCACAACUAACACAAAAAACGAAAAACGAAAAACGCGGGAUAAAUCAGCACUCCGAGGAGGGCUGCUAAGAAAGCACCUGUACGUAGAAUUGAAAGCACCUACCUGUACACAAAAAAAACACACGAAGUAUCACACAACGAUCUUCUUGCUGAUUUACCUCCCCCCCCCCCCUCCUUCUCCCAACUCGAUCAGGGGGGCCCAUGGGACGAGCUUCACAAAAAGAGCGGACUCGAGGAGUGCGUGUUUCUCUUGACCAAGCCUGGCUCCGAAAGAUGGGGGGGCUGGUUCUCCAAAAUGUUCUUGCGGCGCAAGGGGUAGCGAGGGUGUAAAAAAACACCUCGCACGCCGGGUCGCGCGUCGAGCAAAAACAAAUUGGAAAGCGCUGAAAAACACAUGCGGAAGAGAAAAGGGAUACAUUCUGGGACGACAAAAAGUAAAUAAACGUGGAAUCUCACCUACAAAGUCAGCGGCGUGGAUCGCACAACUCUCAUCUACUACAAGGUUGACAACCGGUCUCGCUUUGCGGCUUCCUCCUCCUCUAUUGUUGGUGGAUUGCCGCUCGACUGCUUGGAAGCAGCCGCCGCCACCUCAUGCAAACCACCGCUACGAUGAGUCCCUGUCA